AAUUUAUUAAACAAUGAAAACGUUCUUGAGGAAAUCGACAAUCCACAUGAAAGCAACGAUGGUAUCCUCCGAGAUAUAUGUGAUGGUGACCUAACAUUCAACCAUCCAAUAUUUUCUGUGGAUAACAAAGCAUUGCAAAUCAUUGGAUAUUAUGAUGAUGUUGAAUUGGCUAAUCCAAUUGGUUAUAAAGUUAAAAAGCAUAAAGUUGGUGAGUGAAAUAAUCUUCAUAUCACGCUCUAGCCCACGUGCAGGCCAAUUAUUCUUCCCUGGGCCUGCACGCGGGCUAAUCACGCUCAACGUGAUUCAACAAUCAAUUUACAGCGGGGUUUUUUUCCAGAUCUGAUAUGGCCCGGACCUACUAGUCUAAUUAUUAUGCAAUAGUUGUUAUUUGUGCUGCUUUUAUUUUAGGUUUGUUCUAUUACACAUUGGGUAACCUAAAACCUUGGUACAGGUCAUCCAUACGGAGUAUUCAACUUAUAGCUGUCGCAAAAACGUGCGAUAUCAGGCAAUUUGGUAUUGAAAAACUAUUGAUGCCUUUCAUAUCUGGAGUAAACGAGCUUGCAAAGGUACUAUGUAAUCAUUACUGUCAUUUGAAUUUAAUAACCAUUUCUGUCACCAGUUUUAUGUUAGGUACAGUGUAAUUAUAGGUGAAAGGCACAUGACCCAGCAGUUUACCAAAUACAGCUAAUCAAUUUAGGGUUGUCUUCUGAAAGUCAAAUUCACAACCACAAAACCUUGAUUAUACUGUAGUUAGUCCCAUUAGACUUAUUAUUGGUUAUCUCUGCAUGGUACUUUAAUGAAACAUACUAUAAUUGUGUUGUGUUGGCCGUUAUAUAGGAUGAAGGUUGGAAAACAAAUCUUUUAACUGGAGAACGUGUUUUUCGAGGAACAUUGGUUGCCUUUUCAGCUGAUACUCUUGGAAGCCACUAUGUUGGGGGUUUUGUAGAAGGUGUUGGCACGUCCUUGAGAAAGUGUAGAAGUUGCUGGUGUAUUGGAGCUGAUAUGUAUUUAAAGGUGUGUUUUGUAAAUGCUAUAAUCUUGCUAUAAUUACGCUUAAUUGUUAAAAUAACUACAAUAAUUUACAUAUACUGUAUACUUGGCAUUAUUCCAUUAAAGGGACGAUUUCCACUUUUGAGUGAGGAUUGUUCUAUCAUAACAAAUGUUCUAUCACGUAAAUGUUCUGUCGCGUUUGUUUAUUAAUUUGUUCAAUAAAUUAGUUUCUUUUACUUUUAGUUUACAGCAGAGCAAUUCCAAGAAAGAACACUUCGUCAACAUAUGCAAAUUUGUGAUAUGUCUGAAGAUCCUGAUCUCUAUAGUUUUGUCAAGACAACCUUUGGCAUAACCAAACGCAGUGUUCUUUCAAAGAUCAGAUACUUCGACAUUACCAAGCAUUUUCCACACGAUGUUAUGCAUGACCUUUAUGAAGGUGUUUUGCCAUAUGAAAUGAAGUUGUUGCUGCAGCAUGUCACAGGUAAUUCUGGUGGUCCUGUAUUGAUUAGGUUGGCUGACAUUAAUAGACGCAUUGAAGACUAUGAUUACGACUAUCCUGACAAGAAGAACAAACCAAUCUCGAUAUCAAAAAAUAUCCUGAGAGAGGAUAGCCAAGAUACAUUAAAGGAAAGUGGUAAGUACAUUUGCUGUAAAGAAAAUGUUUAACUUAUAGCAGUGAAGGGAACAUGCAUAUAAUACUAUAGUGCUACUGUAGUAUUAUGGACACAGAUUAAAUAUAAUACACAAAAGACGUCAGACAAAAUAAUGGACAAGCUUUCGAAAAGUUGGUUACUGUAGCCACUAGGAUACUGUACUGUUAAUAAAUUCUGUUGUAGGUCUAUUGAACUGAUAUGAUGUGUCAGUUUAAUUUAAACAUUCAAUGAGCACUGAUGGACAUCCGCGUGUACAAAUCAUAAGCAACAUUAUUAAACAAUUAUUAAAUUCGGUUUUCGUAUGAUAUCGAGAAUUAUCCAGGCCGAGGUUUGUGUUAUCCAGGGGGGAGGGGGGGUCGAAGCCGUGUUUGUAGGUAGUGCCAGUCCCUUUUUUGCCAAUUUGUUUUGAAAAGUACACUUUUUAUAUUGAUAAAAUUUACGCCUGAAAUUAAUUUCCUUUCCUUUUUCAUUUUAGAGCAUACUAAGACAUUUAAUUUUUCCACUCAAGUACUUGCAAUAAACAAACAUCCUUCAACUACUAAAAUAUUACAGGACCAAAACAAAAUUUGUCAAAAAACCGCGCAAAAAUGUUUGGCUUUUCUGAGUUAUGAGACUUUUCAAAAAGAGUUAAGCGAUUUUAUGAUACAAAUUACGUAGAAAAAUAUUAGAUACAUUUGCAAAUUUAUUUUAAAGUAUCCAGGACUUACUUUUAACAGUUAAAAUAAGCAUUAUCAAAGCUAGCUUGGCUGAGUGCUCAUAUAAAUGCCCAACAGAAAUGCGAUGACGAAAAUAACAUCAUUUGAAAAACGUCAAUUUACUCAUGAUUUAGAAGGAAUAAAACAAGGACUAAAAGCUCAGAAUAAAUAAAAAUACCUGGGGUUUAAUACAAACUAAGUUUUGGGACUGUCAAAAUGUUCAUAGUAUAUUUUUUCGACUUGAAGAGCGAGGUUUUAUUCGGCACGUCCAAAAAGCAAAAUCGGAUCUAAUAGUAUAAGACCUGGUUUGAAUCCCAAUCACUGUACUAUUUCCACGGAAAAAGUGUUUUUCUUGCAAAUUGUUGCUCAAAAACAAAUUUUUGACCGAAAUUUUUCACUCCUUGAAACUCUCCUUAGUCCUUUUGAAAGCUUCCCGUCCUUUUGAAAAUUCAGUCCUUUUGAAAAGUUUGCCGCGCGUCGAGUUCAACGAGGCUUUCAUCAUAGGAGUUAGCCUUCCAGUUUAUUUAUAGUUCAAAUGGCAUAGACUUUGAAUAUAUAAUAAAUAAAAAUAUCUUAAAGACGCUGUACAGUCCACUCUGCGCAUGCGUACAAAUGAGUCUCCUAAUCAUAAUACGAGCAGUUUAACUAGGUUGCAUGUUGUUGCAAAACUUGUUUGUGGUUUGUGCUACAUUUAUAAUUUAUAUCAUUGCAGAAGCAGGAAAAUGUAUAAAACUUGCUUCAUAAAUUAAGUCCAUUGUUUUGAUAGAAAAAAUUUGAUUUGAAUAAAGUUGCGUAAACUGUACUGCAUCUUUAAAAACGUAACGAAGUUAAAUAUUAUUUUGUACUUCUCUCAAUAUAGUAUUCUUAUGUAGUCUGAUUGGUUGAGCUACUCGCCGUAUUUCACACAUGUAUAGCUACAAUAAUUAUUCAUGUGUUAUUUUCAUAGCGGUUCAGAUGGUGUGCCUUGCAUUCCACCUUCCAUUUCUGAUUGGUGAUAUUAUUGAAGAUGAGGAUAGAAAAUGGAAAUGUUUUAUCCUUCUUUUAAAAAUCACAAGCAUAUGCUCAGCAUACGAAAUAAAGAAUGAGCAUAUUCAUGUCCUAAGAAUUCUCAUCGCAGAGCAUCACACGCUAUUUAGAGAAGUGUAUCCUAAUACCAGUAUCAUACCCAAGAUGCAUUUCAUGGUGCAUUAUCCUUCUCAGAUUCUAAGGUAAGACAAUUUCAUAUUUUAUAGCAGUGAUUUAUGAAGUGGGCUUUCUCAUGAUGAUGAUUGCCAAAGUGGCACAAGCUAAACUCGAAAUAACACUUCUAAAUAACACUUCGAAAUUAGGUACUGAAUGGGCCUUGUUUCCAGACAUUUCUUAUCAAAACUUACGAACACGCCUCGGGCUAAAGUCCUAACCGGGCUUUUGACGAGCAGUCUGUAAUAUGUACAAAAUCGUAUAAUCCUGACCCUAAUCCUAUAAACCGUAUACACUAGCUAGGAGUUUAGGAUUAUAUUCGUGUAUUUUGUACCUGGACACACAAGCAGUCAUUUCACAACGAAGCCUCGCUUUGGUGUUAGGGAACAUGUACCAUUCACCACGACGACUCGCUUUGGUGUUAAGAGAACAUGACUGUGUACUGUUCACCGCCAACUCUCGCUUUGGUGUUUAAGUUGGGUCCCUACAGUUUCUUGAAAUCUGGAAAAUUUAUGAUUGGAUAAAAAAUUUUCAAGAUUGUUAUUUGUUACGAAACCGGAAUUGUGUAACUUAUAUAAAACUAUAUUUUUAGAGUUGCAAAUGAUUGAUAAAAAUAACGUCGCGGUCAUUGCUAUGGCAACAUUGACAUUAAAAUACGGUCGCUAUUUUUGGCUUUAAACGUUUUUUACUCGAAAAAAGGCCGGUUUCCCUUUAUUUGUUUUCUUCCAAAUAUGAUGGAAUUUUUAAACGAGUUUAAAACAAUUCUGUAGAGGCCAUAUUGAAACGCCAUUGUUGUCAUACCAACGACAAUGAUGCCAUUUUUAUUAAUCAUUUCCAACUCUAUAAAUAUUGUUUUAUACUGUACAAUUUCUGUUUUGUAACAAUUUAGUAACAAUCUUGGGAAAAAAUUGAUCCGAAUCAUGAAGUUUCCAGAUUUCAAGAAACUGUAAGGAGCCACCGUAAGAGAACAUGUACUUACUGUAGCGUCCUAACAAGAUUUGAAGGUCAGAACAACAGUGUGACGGCUGUGACAUAAACCCGCAUUGCAGAAACGUUUACCCGAAUUAUUGCGUUCAGUUUCAUUAACAUAUACUGUGACAGUUUUAGUGUCUAUUACUUACUUUUCAACGUGUUGUAUUACUUGUGUUAGCCACAGAAGCUUUGGUAUGUAUAUAUAUAUAUAUAUAUAUAUAUAUAUAUAUAUAUAUAUAUAUAUAUAUAUAUAUAUAUAUAUAUAUAUAUAUAUAUAUAUAUAUAUAUAUAUAUAUAUGUAUGUAUUUAUCUUUCACACUUUCAGAUUUGGUCCACUGAGAAAUGUAUGGUGCAUGAGAUUUGAGGCGAAAAACUCUUAUUUCAAGAGUUUGCCGCUUCGAAAUUUCAAGAAUAUUUCCAAGACCAUAGCUACACGACAUCAGGGUUACAUGUGCAUGAACCUUCUGGGUGAACCUGGUAAAAGUGCACCUAAUUACUUAUACCGAGGUGAUGAAGUUGCUGAAAGUAACAAGAGAACCUCAGAACAGUUGUUUGAUCCAUUUCUGUUGUAUAAUACAGCAAUUUACUAAUUAGAGUUUUUUCAUAUUAUGCAUAUUAAUAUUAGUUUAUGCAUGUAUAUUUGCAUGCAUGUACAUAUGCAUAUAUGUAUAUAUUUGUAUGCAUGUAUAUAUGCAGUGUAUUUCAUAUAGUUUGCGUGGAAUGCCCUCAGUUUUAUGGGGGGUCUGAUUUGCAACGGACAGGGUUUUGGUAGCCUGCAGGUUUGAGGGCCUGCAGGAAAGCCCACUUUUCGCCCCAGUCAUAACAUAAUUAAUUAAUUCUAAAAUUGACCAAUAAAAAUUCAGCUGCAAUUGGGGAAAACUCUGGGCGAAAGAAAUAUCUUCGCUUGCAUCAAAACAUGUCAAUCAAACAAUGUCGCGAACUGCUCCGGACGAUUAUUGCAGUCUGUAAAUGUUGUUUUAAACAGCAAUUCAGCAAUUUUAGUAAAAUUGUGCAUGUUUUAUCGCAAAACCUGUUCAAACCGUCACAAAGAAAACAAUCUUUCGGAAUUUUGCUCUCAGAUUUAUGUGAUAAAGUUGGCUUACCGUUGAAAAACUAUGAAAAUCAUUCAACCAAAAUUUGCAACACAUGCUCCGACAAGAAAAAUUCUAAAAGUGCAUGAGCUUGUAUAAACGGAAUUAAAAUGUAGAUGUAGAUGCAUCAGGAAAGCGUAAACUGUUAACUCCUGACCGUGGCGCUAGUCCAUUCAACCGAAAAUCAAAUCGCGUUUGUUCUCCACGAGGUUCUCCGGGCAGUAUCUCUAGAACUGAAUGGAAAUCUGCGCGUAAAAAAUGCUUGCUCAGCAGCGAUACAAGAGAUGAUCUCAGUGGUCAGUCAUCAGGAAAUAGCACAGGUAUACUGCAAACAACGUGGAUGUAAAUACUGAUUCUGACGAUGUACUAUAAGUAAGCUCAACAUCGACGGUUUGAAAACGUGCGAAGGGCGUUCGUCACUAAAUUCUUAAAUUAAAAGUGCUUUUAGCUCAUCCAAAUGGGAAUAUUGUGUCGCGAACCCUACAAAUAAAAAGACAGUUCAAAUAUUUAGUACAUCGUGAGAAUCAGUAUUUACAUCCAUGCACGUUAAUUAUUUGCAGUAUCCUGUGCUAUUCCUGAUGAUUGGCUAGUGAGAUCAUCUUUUGUAUCGCUGCUGAACAAAAAAAAUAGCCACGACGUUCAAGAUUAGAUCGAGGAUUAGAUAGCAACAAUAUUGAAAUCACCAAAUACUACGGUUUUCCACUGCCUUGGUAUUGACCAAUCAGGUGAUCGUAUUCACCGUUCAGAAUAUGCAGGCGCUUGAUCCUCUCCCGUGCCCUCCAAAAUCCUGCCCGCUGUAAAUCAGGCCUCCCAUAAAAUUGAGGGCCUGCCACGCAGGCUAUAUUUCAUAUGCUGAAUACUGUAUACUUUUUUGUAGGUGUACCUGUUCUUUUGCAACUUCAUAAAUGUUGGCAGACUCUUAGAGAGGUCUUGCGCGUUGGGGACGGUGCCGUCCCCGAGGCAUUCAGGUAAAAGAUGAAUACGUCACUGCGAUUGUAUUUACAGUAUACUUUAUUGUGUAUCAGGACUUAUUCAAUUACCUCUUAAUUCUACUUUUAAGUACCAACUGUGCAACUAUUCACGGAAUUGAGUAUCGUGCAGGAUGCUGUUUGUACAUUGGGGAGACAGAAUUGUAUCCAUGUUUUGGCACACUUAAAGAAAUCCUCGUCAUACAGGACGAAAAAUUCUUCGUGAUACAGCCUCGAAUAACUUCAUGUUAUUCCGAAAAACUUUUAGCAUACAAUGUUGGACCAGAUUUGGGGGAAGAAUUUACCACAACAUUUCUGGAACUUAAAUAUAAGUUUGUGGUCUCUAAGAGAGUGAUGGAUGGACAAUUGUAUGUACAAUUUACAAAGUGGGGAGAUGUUGAACUUGAUUUGUAAUAGGCAAGCCAGAUGAAAAUGUUGGUUGUUUGUGUAUAUAUAGCAAUUAAAAAUAUGUUGUUUUUUAAAUACUGAAACUUAUUACAACACCCGUGCACUGUGUUGUCUAAACACAUAGUGCAACAACCCUUAUAAUGUUAUAAUAUAACAUAGUACACGCGCGAAGCGUGUUUCUAUAACCACCAAAACUUAAAUCGUAAACAAAACAAUUUUUAUGCGACUUAUAAGACUUUAAAAGGAUUUAGAAAGGAUUUCAAUACUUUAACGCAUUAAUUUCCAUAAUUACGGUUAAUUUUCAAACAAAGUGGGGGAGGGGGUUAAGUAAAAUUGACGAGAAAAGGUCAGCAUAUGUACGUAAUGAGAAUUUACAAAUUAAUCGAGUUAAAAGUAUCUCUUGAUUUAUACUAUCAUUAAAGAAAUAGAAAACAUAUUUUCCUGUGUUUUUAUAUAGUUACAGAAACACUUGUGGUAGUUUGGGUGAACUCAAUAUAAAAUAACGUGGAAAACGUACUCGUCCCACGAGCUCGUUUUCCAACCGAUUAUUUCUCGUUCUCCCAACUGUACCACGCGUGUUUCUAUAACUGUUUUGAAACACGGAAAAUGUUUUCUAUUUCUUUAAUUAUUGUUCAAACACAUGCCUGUAUAGCAACACGCAUAUACUGUGUUGUUUCAAUACAGUAUCAUGUUACAACACGUUCGUACUUUGUUGUUUUAUUAACAUAGCUGGUUAUUUUAACACGCGUGUCAUUUUAUUGCAAAAUGCG